AUGUCGGACACUCAGCGUUUUUACAUGCGAGACAUUAAAGAAGGGCUAAAGACUGUUGAUACAAAUAACACAACGAGCGAGUCGUCCGAUGAAGAAGACGAAGAAGUGUGCUUUAUCUGCACAGAGCCCAUAAUGACCUAUGCAGUCUCUGAAUGCGACCAUCGAACUUGCCACCUUUGCGCUCUUCGUCUUCGUUCGCUAUACAAGACCCGCAAUUGUGCUUACUGCAAAACUGAACAAAGAACAGUUAUCUUUACUCACGAUCCCGAAAAACCUUUCUCCAGCUACACCCCAGAAGAUACACCUUUUGUAGAUAAAAAUUAUGAUAUUCUUUUCGAAGACGAGACGAUGUAUAAAGAUACCAUGGUUCUUCUUGACUACAACUGUCCUGAACCAACAUGCAGCCAAAAAUUUAAUGAUUACCCUCAACUCAAACAACAUGUCCAGUCCGCUCACGGCCGUAUGCUCUGUGAUUUGUGUGUCGAGCAUAAGAAAAUUUUCCCACAUGAACAUGUUCUCUAUACAUCUGCUCAACUCGGCCACCACUACCGUUACGGUGAUGAAUCCAGUCAAGAUGCUGGUUUCAAAGGUCACCCUGAAUGCCAGUUCUGCUCAAUCCACUUCUAUGGAGAUGAUGAGCUGUUUGCCCAUUGUAGAGAUAAGCACGAGCAAUGUCACAUUUGUGUGAAACGUGGACGUCGCCACGAGUAUUAUGCAGAUUAUGAUGGCUUGGAAAUGCACUUUAAAGAUGAACAUUAUUUGUGCCUCCAGAGAUCAUGUCUCGAGAAGAAGUUUGUGGUAUUUGACACAGCUUUGGAUCUCAAAGCACACGAUGUAGAAGAACAUAGUGGAUCUCGCAAGGUUGAUAUCAUUCAAUUUGAUUAUCAUAGUAACAACAACCGACACCACAAUAGAAAUGGACAGCAAGGAUCACACCAGAGUCCCCGUCAGCAAAAUAGACAACAUCACAACAACCACACAAAUAAUACCGCCCGUAAUAGUGAUAAUAGUAAUAGUAAUAAUAGUAAUAAUAAUAGCAGACCAAAUGUCCAAGAGAAUCAACAACAAAAGAACCAAGAACAUGUGAAGAAAGAAACCAAGAAACCGUCCUCUACUACUUCAUCGGCUUCUUCUUCUACUACGACAGCUAAUGUAUUACCGCCCGGCGCAAACUUCAAGACAAAGCAAAAGGAUAAAGCAUUGAUGAACAAACCAGCUAACUUUGGCAGCUUAACAGAGCAAACUGCCGCAGCAUCCUCCGCAAGUAGCUCUACAGCCGAUCCUGCUACAGUAAAACGACACACCGAGUUUUUAGAAAGGAUCAAGACGAUGUUAAAAUCAGCGGAAAAAGUAAACCAAUUCCGUAAAUUGACAACUGCAUACCGCAGUUCUUCGAUGGAUGUAGAUCUUUAUGUUUCCAAUCUUUCCGAUCUGUGUGGCAGAAAUCCAGAGAAUCUGUCACACAUACUGCUGGGAGUUGAGGAUCUUAUGGAUAGCAAAGAGAAAAAAAGAGAAAUUGCACAUGCAUGGCGCAAAACAUCCAAUUUCCCCACACUCCCUACGGCCAGUAAUCGACAAGAUUCUGCAUCUCAAUUCCCCAUGCUCCCUAUGGCGAGUAGUCGCCCACAACCACAGAGUAAAUCACCAGCACCGCGUGUAUUGGUGAUUAAGAGCAAGGGGAAGGCUCGUGCUAAACAGCCGGCCAAUUCGCCCAAAGCAGCCUGGGAAAAUAUAGCACCUGCUGCGGCUAAAGAGAAAAGUAAUAGAUCACCAGGAAUAAGUGAAAACAGACCUCCAAGCAUUCCUCAUUCUGAACCUAAACCAAUGGAUACAUAUCGCCCUGCCCGAGUUACGGCAGCACCCUUGGUAUCACCCGAGAAUACUUCUCGACCAUCAAAGAAAGUAGGUCGUAAUGGACAUGCAUCAGAUGCAUUCCCAUCGUUGCCUGUAGCAGCACCAAAACACCCAGUGCUUGUCCAGAUGAGGCGUAAUAAUAGCAACCCAAGUACACCUUGGGGAUCUGACCGAGAAAGCGAGAAUGAAGCACCAGUCGAAAAAACAUCCAACAAAAAAGGAAAAAAGGGUAAACAGGUCCUGUUCCGUGUAGGUCUCUAGAAUCCAUACAUGAUAAACAACACUGCAUGCAACUUUUCAUUUGUCUCUUUCUUUCUUUCUUUCUUUUUUCUUUUCUUUCCCUAUUUGGUUUGAUUUGUAAAAGCAUAGCUCUAAUUCUUAUAAUAAAAAUAUAUCGUUGUCUUGGAAGUGGACCAUUGGCCACCCAAGAGUCUCUCUAUCCC